AUGACUUUUUACAACGAUCACCUUUCGGAGCUUGAGGAGACGUGCAGUUUAGGGUCUAACGAGACAUGCGUUGUGGGACACGGCGACAGAUACGUCUCAGAGUACGACGAGACAUUCAAUAUGGAGUAUGAGUAUGACGAACCAUACGAUGUAGAGCACGGUGAGGCACGUAACUCAGGGUACGAGUAUGAUGUGAGAGACAUCGGAGAGCACGAUGAGCCAUACGCCGAGCCAUACGCCACGGAGCGCGACGAAACACACACCCUAGAGUACGACGAGACUUCCACCGCAGAACGCAACGAGACACUCGAUCCAGAGUAUGCGUAUGAGACACACGUCUCAGAGUAUGACGAAUCAUGUAUUUCAGAAGAUGCCUAUGAUGAGACAUACGUCGGAGAGCAGGAAGAGACAUACACCACAGAGCCCGAGGUCACCUGCAACCCAGAGUAUACGUAUUGGUAUGAUGAUACCUCCGUCACCGGAAACGUCGAGCCAUACGCUCCAGGACGGUUCAACAACAGAUUCCUCGAAGAGCACGACGCGCCACCCAACUCAGAGUAUGAGUAUGACGAGGCAUAUAUCUCAAACCAGGAAACAUAUUCCAUCGAAGAAGAAGAGGAGACCAUUCCCCCAACCUUCUCACCGCUAACCAUCCGCGGGACUCGCACCGACCGAAUUACCUUGGUUCUGCUCCCCAUGCAUGGCUGGCCCGAUUGGGACUUUGUGACCUACCUCGUGGAGGCCCACUGGCAGCGCCAGCGGGAUAACAACAACGCGUUAGAUCCUACCAAGUCCCUAGGCGCUAUCUUGGUCUUCCGGCUUCGCGCGCACAUGCUCACCGAACUACUCGACAACCACCGUGCCCAUAAGUUCGAGUGUAACGGGCAGGUUACGUGGAAUUAUAGGAGCCCCGCGUAUCGUGAUGCGCUGAUUGCUUUCUGCCGCCACAUCUAUCGGGACCAUCGCUUGCAGUUCAACGAGCAAGAUACGCAGCCUCGGUUUUAUGCGACUCAUCGUCAGCUAGUACGGAGUAGAAGUAGAGGCUCAUCCGCUUAG